GUCUCGAUAAAAUUUACACUUGAUCAUUGCUAUCGCACACUUAUUAUUGUAAUGACGUGUGACGUGUGUCUAAUAUCUAUUUUGGCUUCUUUGCCAAUACUGUUUUACUUCUUCAUAAACUGGCGACUAUCCUAUUGGAAGAGAAAAGGAGUAUCACAAAUAGAGCCUGAGUUUCUAGAGGGCAACACAAAAGAUGUCAACCGAAUGGAAAUCCAUAAUAGUGUCGUUUUUCAGAAAUUUCACGAGUAUUUCAAAAACAACGGUAACAAAUUUGGGGGGAUAUACAAGAAAAUGACCCCUGUUUUGAUGGUUACGGAUCUGGAAUUGAUAAAAUCAGUGUUAGUGUCUGAUUUUGCCCAUUUUGUCAAUCAUGAUAUUUUCAUUAACGAGAAAGGCGAUCCUUUAUCUGGGAAUCUCUUCAACUUGAGGGAUGAUAAAUGGAGAAAUAUGAGGGCUAAACUUACACCAACAUUUACAACAGGUAAACUAAAAAUGAUGUUCCAAACUAUGAUGGAUGCUUCAUCCGGUCUAGAGAAGAUAUUAGAAAAGAACCGCACAUCUAAAGAACCGAUCGACAUUAAAGACUGCUUGACGCGCUUUACUGUAGACAUAAUCACUUCUGUAGCAUUUGGAAUAGAAUCUAAAAGCAUGGACAAUCCAGAUUCAGAAUUCAAAGCUAUCGCUAAUAAAGUAGUAGGUCCUCCACCACCCAACUUACAAAAACGUACUAUAUUUAAGGAAAUUACAAGAAAAAUUAAGCUGCUAGGAGAUCUGGUGCCCGAAUGGGUGUGGAUCAAACUCAACUGUAGGUCGUUGCCUCAGUUUCUGGAAGACUUUUUCGUGGAAGUUGUCAAUGAUAUUGUAACUUACAGAGAAAAGAAUAAUGUAUAUAGGAAAGAUUUCAUGCAUCUUCUAAUCCAGUUGAAAAAUAUAGGCAAGGUUACAGAUGAUGGAACAAUCAAAGCAGAUUCCAGUAAAGGUGUUCAUCUCACCAUGAAAGAAAUUACUGCUCAUAGUUUCGUUUUCUUUAUCGCCGGAUUUGAAACUUCAUCGACAGCGAUGACAUACGCUUUGUUUCAUUUGGCUCAAAAUCAAGACAUCCAGGACAAAGCUCGGAAUCAAAUCAAUGCUGUUUUGGAGAAGCACAAUGGUGUUGUAAGUUAUGAUGCGAUUAUGGAAAUGCAGUAUUUGGAACAAAUUAUACUUGAAUCUCUGAGAAUGCAUCCCCCAAUAGUACUGAUCGAACGGUUGUGUACUAAAGACUAUAUAAUUCCUGACACUGAUAUUUUAAUAGAAAAAGGAACAGUACUCAACAUAUCAACACGUGGAAUACAUUACGACCCUGAUAUCUACCCCAACCCCAAUGUAUUCGACCCUGAUAGAUUUAGUCCGGAAAAUAAAAGUUUAAUACCCCCCAUGGCCUUUUUGGCAUUUGGUGAAGGACCUAGGCUAUGUAUAGGAUUAAGAUUUGGAAAGCUGCAAGCCAAAGUUGGAUUAUGUUCAAUUUUAAGGACAUGCAGAGUAACCUUGAACGAAAAAACACAGCUACCCUGGAAAUAUGACUCAAGAUUACAUUUUCCCAACGUCGAAGGUGGUGUAUGGUUAAACCUUGAAUCCCUGGAAUAACGUCUAACCACUAGGCAAGAUAACAAACAAAAGGAAGCAUGAGUAUUGGUAUCAGAUUAGUAUUAGCCAUUAGUAUAAGUGUAUGGUAGUGAAAUAUGUUUUUAAUAAAAAAUAUGUUUUUUAUAAGUUA